UCUAUUUAAAGAGGGAGAGCUCCCUCUUACCUUCACAUCUCAGCAUCAGAUCAAGCUCUGUUCUGUGAUCUUGAAAAGCUUCAUAAUCAUAAUCAUGUCCAAGCUCAUACUCCUUUUCCUCCUCGUCGCACAAUUUGCUGAGACGAGUAUUGGUUCGGCUUUCAGUCCCUCGAGCUACUGGAAGAGUGUAUUGCCGAAUACUUUCAUGCCAGAUGCCCUUCAGUCCUUAUUGCCUGAAGAUACUAGACCUCGUUAUGGAGGCAAGUGGGUCGUAGACUCCGGGAUAUGCUUGAUCAAUUAUAUAAUUAUUUGUCGUCCUCCCAAAGGCCUCUUCUUGUUGGAGAAGGAUCUAAAGCCGAGCAUGACCAUGGACAUAAGUUUUCUCGCGGCUAAUAUCAACUCGGAACAGAAGCUGCCGACCUUCCUCCCACGCCAGGCAGCAGAAGCACUGCCUUUCUCAACCUCCUCCUUCCCCACCAUCCUCCGACGCUUCUCCCUGAGCCCACACUCCCCCCAAGCAUCUGCCAUGAAAGUGACCCUCGACCUGUGCGAGUCGCCCGCCAUUAAAGGGGAGACGAGGUUCUGCGCCACCUCGCUGGAGUCCAUGGUCGACUUCGCCACCACCCAGCUCGGAACCAACAACCUCCGCGUCCUCUCCACCUUGGUUCACCAAGAGAACAAGACCGAGCAGCAGCUUGACCAGUCGUAUGUGGUUCGGCCUGGGAUCGUGAAGAUGGAGUCCCAUGUCGCAGUGGCGUGCCACCUCAUGUCAUAUCCUUACGCAGUCUUCUACUGUCACAAGACCAUGGACACCAAGAGCUUCGUUGUUCCAUUAAUGGCGGAAGAAGAUGGGAGCAGAGUGGACGCAGCGGUUGUGUGCCAUGACGAUACAUCGCACUGGGACCCCAGACAUGCCAGCUUUAAGGUGCUAGGAGUAGAGCCUGGGACCGCAUCCAUCUGCCAUUUCCUUCCUCCCAACCAUUUUCUGUGGGUCUCGAAGUGAGCGGCCAUGGCUGUCCACCGCAAAGAAUAUCAGUGCUGAUGGUGAUGGGGAGAAGAUACUCCUCCGCAUUUGCAUGGUCAUGGUACUGGUACAUUUGGUUAUAGUGUGUCUCUAGCUUUGUUAAUGGAUCUUUUAGAUACGGACCUAAAAUAAAGGCCACUUGUUUGGUCCUUUGUCGGUUAGUCUUGUGAAGCUUAUUUAAAUAAAUCUGUAUGAACUAAAAAGUUCUAACAUUGUCAAUGUCAUUAUCAGUGUCUCACGGGAUCAUUUUCUUA